AUGAACCUUGGCUCACAGGACAAGCACCUUCAGAAAGAUAGCACCAUUGCUGUAAGCAAUGCUCUUGAUCAGAUCAGAAACUGUAGCAGUUAUCACUUCGACAAAGCCAUCGAACAACCAAAGCCACAGAUUACUAAGCUCUUGGCAGAAAUUGAAACAAUCUUAUCAAGAGAGCAGUAUGCAAAAGCAGAACAACUGAUUAGGGAGUUUGCAGACAUCUUUGCAUCCGAUGAGGCAGACUGCGGGCGAACAAAUAUGGUCCAACAUCGUAUAGAUACAGGAAACACUAGACCUAUUCGACAGCCCCCACGUCGCCUGCCGCUAGCAAAACAAGAAGCUAUAGACCUUAAAGAAAGAAUAAGACAGCAGGGAGUAAUUGAACCCUCAAAUAGUCCUUGGUGUUCUCCAGUCGUCUUGGUAAAGAAGAAAGACGAUUUUGUGUAG